GUGUUAAGCUGGAGUGCCAUCCUUUUCUAGCAAGCCGCUUUCAGAAUCUGGGAAACGAGUGAACUGCUGAGGUUUUAAUUGUAAAUACUGCCGUCUGCGCGCCAUGGAGGCGGGACAGGGCCUCCUGGAGGCCGAGAUGAACAUGUUCGAGCAGCAGAUCGGCACCGGAGGCCCGUCGGCCGCCGCGCGGCCGCCGGUCAUCGCUGCCAACACGUUCACGUCG